AUUAUUUUCGACUCGAUGACUGACUUGACUGUAUAUCACGGUCUUCUGUAUAUUGCCAUGAUUUCCAUUAACCUGUUUUGAAUUCUCAUCAUCAUUUAUAAAUAAUUCAAAUUGACGUAACUAUAAUCCACUUCUUUUAAGUUCAUUAAAUAGACUACAUUGGCACUUGUACUUUUGAGAAGAUAAUAGUGCAUACGUGAAAAGAAGACUGGCUUUUGUGUGACUCGUCUUGAUAUGAGAAUCUAAUCUCGAUCUUAACCUUAAAAUUUCUCCGCAUACGAGACGUUCGCGACAUUAAAGUGCAAUAUGGAUGCAUGAUUACUCGACUGUUUCCUUGACAUCAUUUUUCGUAACCGUGAAAUAAGUACCAUACUCGUAUCUAUAUAAAACUAUGGCGCCACCCACAAAAAGCACUAAGGUAGCGACGAGAGGAGCCAAACAAAUACUGGAAGAAAAUGCAUCGACCCUCAGUUUUUACAGAAACAUGGUAUUUGGAGCAGCUGGUAUUUACCUCACAGCAAUGAUGGUCUUCUUUGCAUUCACCACUUUUACUAUUACUUUGACAAUAUUAACGGGAUUGAUACACGUAGCUUGUUAUCAAUUCAUGGCAUAUAUGGCCCGUGCAAAGUAUGCUGAAUCUGGCCAGCUCAUUGAUUCAGGAGUUGACUUGAAUAUGGAAGGCGGAAUCGCUGAGCACGUUAAGGAUCUGAUCAUCCUAACGUCCGGUGUACAAGUGCUGUCUCUGAUUUCAAACUACUUCUGGUUUUUGUGGCUAUUGGCGCCGCUGCGGGGGGGCUGGAUGUUAUGGACAAAAAUACUGUCGCCGUGGUUUUUUGCCGCACCUCAGGAGCAGCCGGAGAUUGACGAGAAAAAACAGCGCAAGAUGGAGAGAAAAAUGGCAAAGCGUCAUUAAUUGAUUGUCCGCAAUUACCGUCAGCGGGGACGAGGAGCGGGGGGGGGGGGGGGGGGGGCAAAUGCAAAUACACGCAAUAUACAAGUCAAUCCUGUUCAAGUUUUUUUUCCAUUUUCAACUUUACAUCAACCGACAUGUAUUAUUAAUGUACAUAAAAAUUGCAGCAUAAUUGUUUGUUGUUCGUGAAAUAAAUAGUUUGCUUUGUCAUCAAAA